UCCCCCGGUGCCUCCCUCCUCCGCUACUCCGCCCUUACUCAGUCUUGCCCCGCUCCUUCGUUUUCUUCGCACCGAGAAUGCGAGCGAGCAAGCAAGCGAGAGCCAGAGGAGGAGGUUCUUAUAUUGUUUCAUUCUGUCCAGUUUUUGUAACCAACUGUUAACGGACUAAUAACGAACUCUCCCCCUCCCCCUUCCCCGUCCCUUUCCUCUUUCUACCGAAGGCUUCCACGCGCUUGUGGACAAACCCUGGGGGCUUAGCAUUGCAUUGCCUUCGCUCAUGACCAGGGCUCCGCGAUAUCGAAUAUUGAAGAAGCCUUAGGGUUUCGUAAUAUUGUAAGCGGAGGUGUUCAUAUUUUUUGAAACAGCAGUAUUAGAAUUUUCGUUUGGUUUGGGAACACAGCCAGAAUGGACAGGGGUUACAAUGGAAAGCGGCCUCAUCCGCUGUAUGAUGGGGAUUUCCCAGACCGAAACGGUAGGCAAAAGCGACGGAAUGAAGGGAGUUACAGCAGCCGGGAACUAGGUGGUGGUCAAUUCGUAUCUCGCGACCUUCCAUUGCCUAUGGUGGCUGCUAAUUUGGCCGAUGAUGUAGUCUUUCGCAUUUUGUGUCCUGCUCCGAAGAUCGGUAGCGUUAUCGGCAAAGGAGGAAGUAUUAUCAAAACGUUACGCCAAGAAUCUGGUGCCAAAAUCAAAAUUGCAGAUGCCAUACCUGGAGUGGAUGAGAGAGUCAUUCUUAUCUCUUCUACAGAUCGAGGAAACGACAGAGGGCGAGGGAAGGAUGGGAGUGGCAGAGAGUCGCGGUCUGGUGUCAGAGGACGGGAUGGUCGAUCAAGAGAGAGAGAUGGGGGGAAGGAGGGGGACAAGAAAGAUACUGAAAGAGAUUCCGCUCAGAGAGAUAGUGAGGAGCUGACACCUGCUCAAGAAGCUCUGUUCAAGGUCCAUGCUCGCAUAAUUGCGGAUGUUGAGACUUCAGGGAUCGAUGGGUCUGAUCAGGAGGAAGAGCCUAGUCAACAGGUUGUCACACGGCUGCUUGUUCCCAACAAUCAAAUUGGAUGUCUGCUUGGAAAGGGAGGCAAGAUCAUAGAGCAGAUGCGACAAACCACUGGUGCUCAGAUUCGUGUUCUUCCUAAAGACCAGCUUCCCGGCUGUGCCCUUCCGACGGACGAGCUUGUUCAGGUUUCUGGAGAUGUUUCUACUCUGAAGAAAGCUUUGCUUUUCAUUUCCGCUCGAUUACAAGAGAAUCCUCCUCGAGAUCGACCACAGUCCUAUGCUGCUCCUGCUCCAGCCUUUGUACCAGUUACUGACUACUUAGCUAAAGAUUCCUAUCGCAGUAAGGGAACUGGGCAUGUUUUCGGACUUGGACCAGAACCGCUGGAAGGACGCAGUUGGACCAUCAGCAGCGGGAACUUGUCUUUGGACCGACAAGAUAACAGGCGCAGCAAGGAGGGACGCGAUUCCGGGGAGAAUGAGCUUGUGUUUCGUCUUCUUUGUCCUAGUGACAAGAUUGGCAGCGUUAUCGGGAAGGGUGGUAGCAUCAUACACAACUUGCGCAAGGAUACGGGGGCCCGCAUUAAGAUUGCUAAUGCAGUUCCUGGUUCUGAUGAACGUGUUAUCAUCGUAUCAGCCCUUGAGCUUCCGGGGGACUCUUUCUCUCCUGCACUCGAGGCUAUGAUUCAGGUGCAGAGUAGGAUUACCGCUGAGAUGGGGGGAGACAAGGAUGGAAUAAUUACUACUAGGCUUCUUGUGCCCACCAACCAAAUCGGAUGUUUACUAGGCAAGGGAGGAAGCAUCAUCGAGGAUAUGCGGAGAGCCACACGGGCUAAUAUUCGCGUUCUUCCGAAAGAUACUCUGCCUCGUUGUGCUCUAGAUACUGACGAGCUUGUGCAGAUCGUGGGUGAUACAACCGUGGCACGGGAAGCACUUUUUCAAGUUAUCAGCAGGUUGCGCAACAACGCGUUCAGAGAAAGUGGAAGCGAGACAGGGAGAGGCGGUGGUGGAGGUCGCGAUUUUGGACAUUCAAUGCCUCCUCUAAGCAUGUCAAGAGAAAGUUACAGCAGCUCGUACGACUUUGGUAGUAGGAUGGAAUCUAGGUCGACGCGUGGAGGCGUUUUCUCAUUACCUGGGAUGAGUAUCUCGGGAGCGAUUCAUUCGUCUUCUGGCUUUGGAAGUCUCGCUUCUCCUCCAGAAGCGUGGGGCAUCGGGGGAGGUGGUGGAUUGAGUAGCCUCUCUGGCUUUGGUGGUGGCCCUUCGCACUUGAUCCAACCACUUGCAGGAGGUUUUGGAGGAGGCGGGAACAGAGCUAUAGGCAGUCACGGGACAAGCCUAGGUACGAUGUCCACCAUCGAAGUUCAUAUUCCUAACAUUUCUGUCGGUUCAGUUAUCGGCAAGGGUGGCAGCAACAUCGCUCAUAUUCGGCAGAUUUCUGGAGCGAAGGUGAAACUGCACAACAGUGAACAGGGUGCAAAAGAUCGGGUGCUAGAACUUUCUGGAACGCAGGAUCAAACUCAUGCUGCUCAGAGUUUGGUGCAAGCCUACAUGCAGUCAUCCAUGGGUGGUGGUGGUAUACUUCCUUCUUAAGUAUCUCUCGCCUGACUUGGCUCAGUAAGUCAUGCUAUUAUAGCAGCCUGGCGGAUGAUCCUGGAGCCUGAAAGACCAUCACCACCCACACUACAUGUCGAAGCCUGCCAGCCAAGCCUGCCUCCACCUAUACCAGUGAGAGAGGAGAGGAGCCGAGCUGUGCCCACACUCUAUGAAGUGUUACUCAGACCCUUCCCUUGAUUCAGCCUGCUUAGGAGGAAUUGGCGUCCUUGAUACUGCAUGGGAUCAUUCUGUUGUGAUAUAUCGCAGCUUAGGUAUUUUAGCGCCUUUCUUGUGCCCUGCCACUUGGAUGUAGAUGCCAUCUUGGCCUACUUGCACAUGUUUGAUUUUACCGGCCUUCCUACACAAUGACUUCUUCCUGGGUGUAGUGCCGCAUGUUAGUUAGGAUAGCAAUAGCGCUUGAAGUAUGGCCACUUUAGUUGCGUGAAUUAUUCUUCCCCCUCUUUUUUAACCUUGUCACCCCUUGUUAUUUAUAGAGCCAGUCUGAAGACACUACGGUUUGACCACAUGGACUGCGUGUGUGGCGUCCCAGUUUUGUGAAUGGUUUGGCCAUUUAUGUACUUAUGCGACCCUCAUUUAGUACUAGAAAAGAAGACUUCAAAUUGUAAUGAUGUUUAGACUAGCUUUUACCACCUCAUACUCUGAGCAUUACAGCACAAGUUUUGUGUGGAUAAACUUGUAGUCCUGUUCCCCUUGACCUUGGACUGAUUAUUCCGCAUCUUAACAUUGGUCAGCCUUAAACUUAUCUCUAGUGUUUGAAGAACCACAGAAGAUAUUUCAAACGGUCUUUCUGGAUGAUGAAGUUCGAAAUUAAUCCCUUUAUUUAGCGGGCCCUUUCUUCAACUGACGGUAGAACUUUCUGGAAAAUUAUCAACAUGUUCACAAUGUAUACACUGCCCUCGAUGAUCGAGGACCAUGAUCGAUUCUCACUUAGAAAUUGGGCCCAUGUUUUAGGGGUUUAUUAUUUCUUUGAGUUCUAUUUUUCGGGUUUUGUUUUUGUUUUUGUUUUUUUGAAAAGUUUGACCGUCUUGGAAUGAACAGCUCUGUCUGGGUUGUCACAUGUAUCCACAAGAGUCGGUGCCUGUGGUCACUGCUCAUGUCUACACAAGUCUCAUUGCUUGUGUAACUUUGUGCAGUAUGUGAUAGCAGGUUUUGACCUUUGAUGCAGAGACAUCAGCGGAACAGCUGCCAACUUGGUGGUUUUGCCCAAAGGUGUAGACUGGUAAGUUCAGGUAUGUCUAACCUCAAUGUAUGUUAUGUACAGAUGUGACUUCUCACUUGUAUUGAAGUGUUCUGGCAGGUAUACUUUAUUUUUUGUCUGUCUUUAACAAUAUUGGCUCCUUAAUGACGUAGAAGAGCUGGGUUUUGGUCUUCUGAAACUUGCAUCUUUAUAGCAAGAGAGGAAGAUUGUUCUGGACUAAGAUCACUGCUUCAGGAGCAUGAUUCAUUACUAGAUUUUUUGGAGCUAAAACAAUCUCAGGCAACAUCUGUGAAGUCUUCCAUACUUGAAGUAUCGCAAUGCUACAGACGGCUGCAUGAUUGUAGCUACUUUUCGAGUAAUACUUUAGGUUGGUAGUAUUGUGCGAAUAGCUAGAUGCUGUGCUUUGCUAAAUGAAGAAAAUAUUGUGUUUUUUAUUCUCUUUGAUUACCUGAUUAAAUUGUUUGUAAUCAAGGAUAUUAGGAUCAAUAGUUUUUGGCAAAGGUGUAUGAAAGGAUAGCAGCUAUCAGCAGUUGAAUCGUCAAGGUGAACUCCUGGAGGACCCUUUCAGAUAGGUGUACCAUUACCUCACAUCAGUAGUUUGUAGUAAAUAGAGAUCAUCUUGUUGUCAGUAUGAGUGUUCAGAUGUGACAUAUUAGGGGCAUACUUUAAUUUGGAAUUUAACGUAGGAGAUGGAUUCUUCUCUUCUUUGAAUAGAACCGAGAAGAAGAGGUAAAACAGCUAGGUUUAUUCAGUGUCCAUAGUGCGCUUUUUGUGGUAACCAUUGGCAACCUCCACAGCCGUACUUUCAGACAUACAAAAUUUCUUUUCAGAAAACAUAGAAGUUAUGGCUGAAGCUUACUUCGUAAGCUAGGAGUUCAAGACGUUAUCAACAAAGAUGUUAAAAUUAAAGCGUUCCUAGUAAGGGAGGAAUCCAAUAACCCCUUACGAGGGAACUGGAAAUGCCAUUUCUUACCAGAUUCUCUCCUUA